AUGUUCGGCUUCAAGGUCUCCAAGGAGAUCGAAGUCGACGACGGCGCGAGUUCAGAUACCGGCAGCACAUCAUCCGAACGAUCCUUGCCGCAAUGUUGGGGUCAUCGCGGUGCAUCUGCAGCCUAUCCCGAGAAUACUUUGGCCAGUUUCGAAGCCGCUAUUCGAGACGGUGCUGAAGGCAUUGAGAGUGACGUCCAUAUCACAUCGGAUAACAUCAUCGUGAUGCUCCACGAUCCUCUUCUAGAUCGUACAACGGACGGCAAAGGUCUCGUCAAGCGACAGCCCUAUCUUGAUGGCGUGGACAAGGUCACAACGACCAAGCUACCCAAGCAGCCUGUACCCACUUUCGCAGCCACAGUCGAGAUGCUCAUGCGACCCGAGAAUCGCCAUGUCAUCCUCAACAUCGAUGUCAAGCCCGACAAUGAUCCCGAGCGACUGUUCAGAUUGAUGGACUCGGUCAUCAGGCAAUAUGACGACUUUGAGACUACACUCUCACCUCGACUGGUCCUCGGUCUAUGGCAUAACAAAUUCGUCGAGCCUGCUCUCACUAUUCUACCCAGUCUUCGCCUGGCACACAUCGGCGUAUCGACCGCUCUGGCGCGCAAAUACUUUUGGGCGUGUUCGGCUUUCUCGCUCAACUUUUCAGCCCUCGUCACAAAAGAUGGCGAAGACUUUAGACGCGAAUGUAAGAAUGCCAACAAAGAAGUCUACUGCUGGACUAUCAAUAAACGCAAUGAGAUGAUAGAAGCUACCAAGUGGGGCGUGGACGCCAUCCUGACGGACCGCACGGCCGAAUAUCUCAAGCUGCGUGAUCAGAUGCGAACUGAUUGGGACACGAUCAGCAAGGAGACGAGCUGGCUCAUCGGCUGGACAUCAAUCUACCAUUUCACCUUCGUAUCCAUGAUCAUAGCUGCUUGGGAUCACUUUGUGUUGACCAAGGAAGCUGGGGCUUUCGUACAGCCGGCGCCAUUCUCGCGUCUCAGCGCGAGCAAGACAGUCGAUCUGACCUGUAUCAUCCGUGUACCAUACGAUUGCAACCCGUACCAGCAUGUCUCGACCAUCUUGUCACCAGCAGCUUUACCUUCGCGCUCCAAUGCAUCGCUUGCUUGCCUUGAGUUUCUCGAGCAAGCCCACUGGAAUCGCCCGCGUACAUUGAAGGCGAUCACGUCAGCAUUGCCGACUGAAGAGCUCGGCGGUCUGCCGCUGUCAUCAUUCCUUGCGCUGCAUCGCGUGCAGGACUUUCGACAUCGACUCUGGCGCAUCGAGCUCGAGCUGGACGACAGGAACGGCAAGGAAUGGGAGGGAGGCAAGCACGCGACACCAGCGAAACGUCUCUCUCACGCGCGUCUCCAUCGACCAAGCAUGCACACACCCAUAUGCGGCCGUCAGUCCUCACUUCGUGCGCCCUCAAGAGAGUUGCUGCAUAGAGACCAGCGCCGUGAGCUCGAGCUCGAGCUGCCAUUGAUGCAUUUUGCGUCAUCUGAUUUACCUCAGGUUUCCUGCGCGUCUUGUACGGCGACCGUCUCGCGCGAGAAGCCGUCUGCCACGAUGACGGAGCAGGCAGAGAUUGACCAUUCACAGACCACGCCAUUCUUGCUUCGCGUGUUCGCCCAAAGUGGUCGACACCAUGAUCCGUCCGAUUUUGAAGGCAAUCUACCCGUCCGACACGAGCACCAAGUCUACACAUGGCGAGAUACGACAAUCCGAGAUAUCGUCGUUCUGCUGCUGAGCAGUCGAGCCCCAAAGCCAAUCCCGCUACGCUACAGCGUACGACAAGUCUACUUCGACCGCGGUAGAGGUUGCCACGCUUCCAAAGAGCUCGCACUUAUCUUUGCAAGAGAUCUCAGCAAGUCAGACGAGGAGCUCGGCAAUACUGCCAGAUUGACUCUCGAAGAGACUCGCUUUGCUAUUGGCGACUACAUCGAUGUCGCCUACUGGGGACCUGGCCAUGGCGACGAAAAGUCUGCUCCCUCGCUACCAAAGACGCUCCUCGCUGCUAGUCCGGAUCGCUACAGACCGAGCGACAGGAACAGGCGUGACGGACCACCCGAUGACAGGAGAGACGACAGAGACCGACGAGGUCCUAUUAUGUCUGCUGACCGGAUGGCAAGACUCAACAAUGGUCCGGCUAGGGGUGGGUUCAAUAGGCGCAGCGCCUCACCACCGCCGCAACGCAAAGUGUCAGGCUGGUGA